AUGUUUCUUAGCGUCGUACCAAACGUCAAAUUUGAAAUUGACGAUAUCGAUGAGGAAUGGACCUACUCGCAACCGUUCGACUACGUCCACAGUCGCUUCAUGACCUCUAGCGUUUCCAGCUGGAAAGAGUAUUUGACAAAGUGCUACGAUAAUCUGGCUCCUGGAGGCUAUGUAGAACUCCAAGAGGCCGAGAUGGACCCCCAAGCCGAUGACGGCUCGUUCCCGCCGGACUGUGCACUCGCCCGUUUCGCUAUCCUAUUAAAGGAGGCCGCCUCCAAAUUUGGCCGCGUCUUCAUCGAGCCGCCUAAACUCAAGCCACUGAUGGCGGAGGUUGGUUUCGAGGACGUGACCCUUGUCCGAUACAAGUGGCCAAUCAACGACUGGCCCAAGGACCCCCGAUGGAAGGAGCUCGGAGCUUGGAACCUCGAGAACAACCUCGGCGCUGCUGAGAGUCUCGCCAUGGCACCGCUCACUAGAGCACAUGAGUGGAGCCGUACUGAAGUUGAGGUGUUUCUUACAGAGGUUCGGCAGGACUUGAGAAACAGGGCCAUCCACGGAUACUUUCCACUGUAUUUCAUCUACGGUCGAAAGCCACUGUAG